AUGUAUUCUGAAAAGAGAGAAAAGAAUGCCCCAAAGGAGCUUAGCAGACUUAUAAGUAUUCUUAAAAUAGAUGAUGAUGUUUUGAUGAAAGAUGUUCAAGAGAUAGCAACUAUGGUAGUCCCCAGACAUGAAGAGAAAACCCCGUAUUUGGUGAAAGAUGAAAGAGAUUAUAUGAAAAUGGAAACUAAUAUUAAGAGAAAGAAAAAGAGUCUUCUACACCAGCAUGGACAGUACCCCAUAUGGAUGAACCCGAGGCAAGGAAAAAGGCUGAAGGCAAUGUGA